GCACCGCUUACUAGUACGUAAAUCGAUAUCUAUGUCAAGUACAAGCUGCCCCUCGUGAUUUACAUACUUCAACUGUCACGGUAAGUUUGGGAACACGAGGACUACGCCAGGCAGUGCUGUUACGAGGCAGUGUGACACGCCACGAUCGUCAGCGCUGCCAGUACAGGCUGCGCACCGCCUAGUACAUACGCGACUAAAUUUACCAUGCCCCUUCCCAGCUGCGCUACUAAACAUGUGGCCGUGAAAUGACAAACCAAGCCCCAUUUUGUAUUUCUGUUCUUCUUUCUUACUUUACAUUCAAGUUGUUCAUCCUUUGACUUCUGUGGCUACGUCAGGAGUCCAGGACCCCCUUUUAAUGGCUCCAAGCACCCUGCCGAACAGAUUUCGGAAAUUUCGUCUCAUUGUUCUCGCUCUUGCCUCGAUUAUUUCCCUAGCAUGGUCCAUCAUCAUUGCCGUUUAUAUGGCCAACAACUGGUCAAGCUACAAUUCCGGCCAGCGCGGAUUACUCUUCGGUCUCAUUAUUGUUGACUUCGUUGGUUCGAUUUUGUUGUAUCUCAUGAUUGUUGUACAAUAUCGAUUUUGGCCUGAUGCUGUGCGAACAGCAGUACUCCUGGGUCUUCACGUCGCCGGUGCCGUGGUUUUCAUGAUGCUCAGCCCCAAUUUUCCCUGCCCCGCUUUCGGCUCAACUGAAAAUUGUCACAUCAUGACAAUAACCGUCAUCACAGGAUCUUGGGUUAUUUCCGCACUAAUGCUUAUGUAUGCCAUCUGCCUCCCUGUUGUGGCCUUCAUCCCUCGCACACCCACCCCAACUCAAGCUGAUGAUUUGGAGAAUCGGCCUGAUAUUGCGGAGGUCAAGGACGAUAUGCGCAAAUCUCACGCGUCGUCCGCGUCUCACGCAGGGCUCUUGAAAAACCAGGAGGGGAUGUCUCCUGAUGUCUCUGCAUCCGAGCUCCCAGGUCCCCUCGAAAAGCCCGCCGCUCGCAAUGUCCGUAGCAAUACAUCGUCAUUUUCUUCGUUGCAAAUUUCACAACAAGCAAUGGGUGAUGGUCGCAUCAAAUUGGAGACGCCGAUCACUACUUCAGUCUACUCUGACGCAUCUCCCCGGUUUAGUGUUGCGAAAACAAUUCUUGCAUCAGACAACGCUGAUAGAAGCCUGAACUCAUCUGGCUCAUCAUCUCCGGCACAAUACCCACGCCGCUCGCAUUCGAUUCAGUCACCCCCUUUGCCUGACCGCUUCAUCGGCGAGUCUUUAGAUGCCAAUCGUGAUUCAGUGGCCAGCAGCUUCUAUGGGUCGACUUAUGAAUUCCCCAUGGUUUCCGAACCCCUUGCUGAGGCACCUCAUCGAACCCCGAGUAUGAUCACCGGAAGUUCAGCGUCAGUGUAUUCCCAAAGCACAAUACCUGCUCGUGCCAAAUCUACAUCACCUAAUCGGCUGGCAUACGCGUCGGCCGCCAACGCAAGUCAGACUCAGCAGAGCAGUCUGCUUACAUCAUCGUCGAUGCGACACUCCCCCGGUCAUCUAUCUGUACAUUCGAUGAUGACCACCGUCCACGAUCAUGGGGAGCAUCAAUUUGCAGGAGCUGAUUACAACACUUCGAGCAAUGGCUUUUUGUCCCCCCCGCUGACUGCCCUUCCUACUCCACGAUUCUCCGCAGGGUCAAGUCAACCCACAUUCGAACUUCACCUUUCCGAUGUCCCCAAGAGAGAUUCUAAAGAAAAGUUAACAGAUGUUCCUCGGGAUGUAGUGCGAGAUCCUGUUCAGCCUUCUCUCCUAGCGCGACCCAGCUUGCAACACGUUCGCACUGAUUCUACGAAUUCUAUUGUCGAUGUGGACGAGUGGAGGAGGCUUGUGCUUAGUGCUGCUGGACGGUAGCCAUGAUGAUCUUGGACAUUCACUUACAGUAAUCUACAAGAGGAUUGGCAUUUUAGGGUCUGUCUAUAUGACCUGCCCAGCAAGUUUUUAGCGCUGUCUUGUGAUCCAUUACUGUAUUGGUUUCCUUAUGAGGAUGACGUCAGACGCUUCCUUAUAAUUAUGGACUCUCUUCGAGCUCGUACAUAAUUACCCUUU